CGAACGGAUUGCAGGUGAGGCGAUCGGUGACGCGAGUUCCUGCUUCGAUGUGUGUGUGUGUGUGUUUCUGCGUUUUUGUCGCUGAAUGUUUCAUUUGGAGACUGGAUGAUGUUGAUCUUUAGAGGAAAAAUGCAAUCACUUCGGAAUGCUAUAUUGGCUUACAUGAGAGUUGAGGUCCCUAUGAAAGGACGUUGGGUUCCACAGUAUCUGAAUGGAAUACACAAACAUGAGCAACUAAUGUGUAUGUGCAGCACUGCUGCAAAUAGCAGCCAGGAUGAGGUUGUUGAUAAAGUGAUCGAUCUAGUGAAGAAAUUUGACAAGAUUAAUGCUACUAAAGUAACAGAAACUGCUGAUUUCCAGAAGGACUUAAGCCUUGAUAGCCUCGACAGAGUGGAACUUGUCAUGGCUUUUGAGGAAGAGUUUUCAGUCGAGAUUCCUGAUUCCGAAGCAGAUAAGCUUAAGUGUUGCCUUGAUGUUGCUAAGUACAUCAUUUCUAAUUCAUCUGAAGAAGCUUCUGAGAGCUGCUAAUUGUGUUCAAUAGUGAUAGGGCAUUACUUGUUAACUUCUUCUGGUUGGUUCAGUUACCAUGUUUACAUGACACUGUUGUUGUGCUCACAUCAUGAAAAUUUUCCAGAGAUUUGAUUCUCCAUUUUCUCGAAAAUAAAUUCAUGCGGCAGAACAUAUACCAUUGUUUUAUGUAUAUUAUACACCAAACAGAACACAUGCUUUAGUACAAUACAUCAAAAGUUUAAAUAACAAGCAGAUGCCCAUUGUAGCCUGCAGCUCAGCGUGACUAUAGCGCCAUCCUCUUGUUCUGCAAUUAAUCAGUAUCAAUUUGCAUAUUUUGUUUUAGAUACCGGACAUAUAUCACAUGUGAUUCUCUCUUUGUGUCUCACUGAUGGGUUUAGGAUUUGUCGCCAAAUAUAUGUUAUCUGUUGUGUAAGUGCGAACGCCUUCGCCUAGGAACGACAGCUUUAUGGCUUUAUGCUUUCCGGUGAAAGAAUGGCGACAAAGACUACUCUUUGGAAGAGAAAGAACUUUGACAAGGCACACCUUUUCCAAGUUAGGAAUAGCAUGGAGAUAUGAGGGAAGAUCAAUUAGGAAUUCUCCAUAACUAUUGGUGCUGCCUCUUGCCCAUGAUUUCUUUCGAUUACCGCUGCUGCCACAGAAAACAGCUACUGAUGCGCCUGCAAUUAUAGAACGAAAAUGAAGUUUGUCAUAGUUCUUGCAGUACUUGAUUUCAUGAGCAGAGUAGCAAAAUCAUUCAAUCUGUACAAGAUGAAAAAAGAUGACAAUUACCCGAGACUGGAGUUUGUUUGGAGCGAACUUCACGAUCAUGGCAAAGAAGUUUGCCACCAAUUACUACCGUGGACAGACUAUCUUCCCCGUAACCACCCCAACGAACCACAUCUUCUCUGCUUGAAAAUUCAGCCACCAAAUCCUCACUCCCUGUGGCCAACACUGUCGGAAUUUCCAGGUAUGCAAUAACCAUGAUAGCCAAGAAAAUUAUCUUCACUGAAUCCAUAUUUAUCAUGUCCUGCUGAACUGAGAACCAGGUUGUCUAUGUAAAUAUAUAGAGAGAUCUUACAUGGUUUACAUGCCGGUCUCGACAUCCCAAAAUUACAACUCUGCCCUCCUCCAACUUAGAUGUUUAUAGUAUGAAAUCUUCAGCAUUCAUCAAGUGUAGGGCUAUAGCAGCCAUUUCAUCUACUAUAGUUGGGAAAAUUGUAGUUGGGAAAUAGAAGGCUUAAGAUAUGCAGGUAGGUUGCCUAAUAUUAAUCAUGUCAUGGUCACACUAGGCAUUCUUGUUUUGACAGUAAACCUAAUUUUUCAAGCCUGUUUCAACCAUUCCCAUCUACACAUGAAAUUAAAUUUCUAUUUAACAUUAAUAUUGCAUGUAUCUGCAUAAGAAGACAAUUGUAUGUGUAUAAUUGUUCAAUUAAAAUUUUUUAAAACUUAUAAAUAUUAGUACAACAUAUUCUACUGAUUCUAUCAACUCUGGAAAUCCAUAAUCUAACAUAAUUACAGAGGACCAAUAACAUUUGAUUAAGCUUCCAUACUGAAGCAAACAAUACAUAGGUAAAGUAUCCAUUUUCAAUAGUGACUAUGCAGUAAAUUUCAAAUAAUAUCGAGACCUGGGCCAUUAACAUACAAAUACGCUGUCCGGUCAGUAAAAGGAGUCGGAGUUGGAAUAGGUGAAAAUCCUGUGUAGGUUCCGCGUAUCUUUGCUUGGCAGAUCUCAGCAAUCUUUUUAAUGAGUUCAUGCUUGUGGACAGAUGGUUGGGCAAGGUAUUCUUCGAAUGGCAUCCACUGAAACCAUAAACCAUCUGGUAUGAGAAUCUUCAAUAACGGAAACAACUUGCAAAGUUACAUAAUAGCGAAUUUGCGCACACAUAUAGAUAAUUAGACACAUACCCAGCUCGGGAUGUAGUAGUAUUAUGGCAAGCAUGCCAAUUUGAUCGAUCUAUGGACAGAUCGAAAGAUGAAGUAACCAUAGAGAGCCUACUGUCAUAACAAAUAUUCUCAGUUGGUGACCUACUGAGUGCUCCUCAUUUACUUAGUUAUACUAACUGAUAUUUAUGUUUUAAUAUUUAUAAAUUAUAAGUAUUAGUAUUUACUAUAACAUAGAUAUUAAUUAGUAUGUCAACAAACUAGACAAGUCCUAAUGCAGUAAAGUGGAAUGUGUGCAAAAAUUCAUAUAGAAUGUAUCAUCUUAACUAGUUUUACUUAGCACAAUAUGUCGAAAGCAAACCUGGGCGGCCUCAAUCUCUGCUGCCUGUGGUUGGAGUUCCGAGGACAAUGGUUGUAACAUGCACACAAAGAACAGGUCCGACUUCUCGAAAUACGCUUUGUGGCUCUGUCUG